AUGCAGCAGAAUCGCCCAGCUCAUGCACGACUGAAUAACUUCCACGGACAGAAGAAGCAGCUCCUAGGGCGCAAGGCCGGGAAUGCCCCCCCGGCCUGGAGGGGUACAGCGCCAGUUCCGACGUUUCCUGGUGCUGCAAAGGGCAAGCAAGUCGCCCAGAACGGGAGUCGGAUUUUCAUAAGUAAUCUCCCUCUGGAUGUCGUCGAGCAGGAAGUUGAGGACCUUUUCAAGAAGACCGUCGGACCGCUGAAGGAGGUCGUUCUCGUUUACAAUAACCAGGGGAAAUCGAAGGGACUGGCGAUUGUUUCGUUCCAGAAAACAACAGAUGCUGCUGUGGCUCGAACGAAGUAUCACGGCAAGAUUGUUGAUGGCCGACGUCCCAUCAAGGUUGAAAUCAUUGCUGAUAGUGAUUCACAGCCGUCACCUUCUACUCCCACUGCCCCGAGUCUAUUUUCGCGUCUCGCACCCCCGCCUCCCAAUUCUACAAUUAGUACUACAUUGGGUAGCCGUGUUGGCCCACAAGUGAAGGCUCCUGCAGCCCCGCUCAGCAACAAGGUCCCACCUACUGCACCCGGGUUGGGGACAGUACCAGCGAGACGCCGAGUCAAGAAAGGUCCCAGACGACUCAACAAACGCCCGGCAGCAGCCAAGUCGAAAGAGGAUUUGGACAAGGAGAUGGACGACUACCAGGCGUCUUCAUGA